CGGCGGUUGUCAUGGGACGGGUUUGAACCGCAGCGCUUCGCCAAGUCCCCCGCCCCCCCUCUGCGGUGGGUGUCCCCCCCGCCCCACUGUGGGAAGCCGGGGUCCGGUGCGCCCCGGGCCAUCCCGCGCCUGGGCUCGGAGCGGGGCGGCAGGGAGCAAGGGGAGCCCCUGGGUGGCCUCGCUGGCCAACGCCCCGGGACGUCCGCUCCCGCCCUCCCCGCUUUCCUUUCAGGGCUGCGGGUCCCCGGACCCUGUUUCCCCCCUGCCUCCCACAGCACCAGAGCCCCAUGUCCUCUCCUUUGCUCUGGGGCAGGGCUCCGGCCCCUCAGCGACCCCCCCCCCACGCGCCGUGCGCUCUCACCCCCCUUGCAUGGCUGCUCCCCCACUGCCGGGAUCGCGCCCGGCCGCCCCGAGACUGCGGCCUGCAGCCCCCAGUGGGUCCUGCGCCUUCCACAGCUGAGGUGUGGGCCCUAUAGCCGGGACGCUUCCGAGCACCUGUGGGCCUUCCGGAGUUGUGAGUGGGAGGGGGGCCUCUCCAAGGUGCGAAAGGGCGCCGCGUUGGGAGUGGGUGGAAGGAGGCAGAGAACAAUCAGGAGACACUCGAAUAGGAAAUAGGGACUAGGAGGAGUUGAAAUUUAGGAGCUGGACUAGAUGACCUCUCCAGCCCAGGAUUGCUGUGAAAUGGAGCAAGGUGGAUUUGUACAGGGCUUUGAAAUAGAGAAGGAGGGAAAUUGAAGUUGAUUCAGAAGUCUCUAUCUUUACCUAGUUUGGUUAUAAAUGGUGGUAGAGGUAAAGUGGAAUUAACUGUUACAGGCAAGGGAGAAAUAUUUGUUUUCACAUGAUAGAUGGAGGACUAUAAAGAUUCAGGUGAGCAGAGUAACCCUGGCAGGAGCUGCAGAGGAACUGGCACUUGCUCCAACCGUGGGCAGCAUGGUUGGGAGAAAUAGAGAAGAAGUAAUGUCCAGAGGAGCUGGGGAGCAGAGCGAGGCAGUCUGUGAUUUAAACUGGAGAGAAAGCAGCAAAGUCAUUAUACCUGAUCUUGAAAUUGUUUGAAUUUAGGGGCCCCUCAGGAGCCCUCGGCUCUCGCUGAAAUUAAUUGCUGUCUGUAGUACUGCUUUACAGCCAGCUGCUUCAGUGUGUGAAAGAAGAAUGUAAGCUGUAUCUAGUGCAUCAGAAAAUGUGAAUAUAUCCCCCACUUUGCUUCCAGCUGUACCACUACAAAGAGCAUGUUCUCAAAAUUACUUCCACAAAGGCCAGUUUACAGAUGACUGUGGAUUUUUAGAAUCCUUUUAUUCUAUUCAAUGUGAUGGGACCAAGCAAACCAGACACGUCGUAUGAUCCAUUUGCAUCCAAUAUCCAAGCAGAAAAGAAUGAAGCGAGGACUCUCCAGACACAGCUCCAGUUUAAUAGGAACGUUCCUGCAGCUCCAGAGAACUUGGCUGUCAGAUUCUCCAGCCCUCGUCCAAUUAUAAUAGAAAAGCUGAAGCCACCUGAUAGUCAGAGAGAUCUAGGUGCUGGUGAUGACACCAAUUUAAGAAGUUCUGUCACAUUUUCAGUCAUAUCUGAAGAGAAACUAAAACUGGCCAUCCAGUUAGCUAAAAGGGAUGUAAAACGAAGACACCUGGAAGAACAAGUGAAAGAAGCUGAAAUUAAAUCAGUGUUCCCCCAGACAUCGGAGCAGUGUAAGAGUGUAGUAUCUGAAAAUCCUGCAGAGAGGAGUGCAUCAAAGUCUCGGACAUGCUUGAAAUAUCAUCAGCAACUUGGUCAACCCUCCAAAAUGGAGAUUACCAACUCUGGUGCAAAAGUGUAUCUCUAUACUCCAAAUCAGGGCAAGUUAAAGCCACCUGUUUCAGAUUCUCCGCCCACUCAUGAUCCAGGACCAGGGCCCAAGCCAAGACUGAAAAAAAUUGAAGAUAAAAGUACACAGGAAGUCAGACGACUGCAAAAAGAACUGAGAUGUUGCAUCCAGAAAAUAGAAGAAAUGGCUAAAAAAGAGAGAUGUGAAGAAAUUUUGGAUCCUGAUGAAGAGCGACGAGUUCGCAUUAGGAGGCAGGAGCAAGCUGCACGGUCUGCUCGGAUGCUGUAUGUCCUCCAGCAACAGGUAAAAGAAAUUCAGGAAGACUUGGAGAAGCUGAGUCCUCAUAAAAUCAAACACACGAAGAAGUCUCGAGCGAUGUCCAGAGUGGCAGCUGCCCACAGAGGAGCCAUUCGUGCCUUGCAGGUGUUUGCCACACAAUUUACUGAUCAAUCAGAGCAGCAGGUUCCUGUUCAUUACAAGGAGUUGGGCAAUCUCAUUCGACAACUAUCUCUCUGUUCUGCCAAAUUAGAAAUGGAUUCUUCUGUUCCUGACAUCAUCAUAGACAUUCUGCUACAAAUUGAGGACUUGGAUUCUCUGCUGGAGAAGAAACGAUCACCCAGAAAAGUGAAGAAAUGUCUCUCGGCAUCUCAGGGUAAAUCUCCAGUGAGCAGUGAGAUGUUUCCAACCAGAGAGCAGAUUGCAUCUUCAAAGAAAGAGAAGAAACCACCCAUCUCAAAGGAGCGACUUGGACAAGAACAGAAAAAACUUUCGGUAGCUAGGAAACUCCUGACUGAUGAAGAUCAACAUGUUGCAAAUAUGCCAUUGGCACAGAAGCUAAGCAGUCAUGCUGAUUUAUCAGAUCAAGAGUUCCAGCAAGAGCAUGACUCUCACACCUCGGACAGAGAUGCAGUUUUAAAAACAAGUCAGGAUGCAUUGAUGAGAGCUGGAGCUGUGAAAAAAGUCCCUGUGCUUGAAAGUGGACCUUUGAAGAAGAAAGGUGUAUUAUUACCUGCCAAACAGGUCUUAAAGGGAAUCCGUAAGCUUCCAAGAUCAAGACCUGUGCAGCCUCAGGCAAAGCAUGCCCGGUUUCAAGAGACCACUGUAGCUUUCAGGCUAAAAGAGAGCAAACCACUUGUUAAGGAGAGUAGAAUAACUUGGGUACCUCCAAAUCCUACAUCCCCAUCUGCUUCACCUAAACGUGCUCCUUGGGGAUACAUGAAUGCUAGUCCCAGAGCUUCCAGCAGAGAACAGUCAGCUUUGCAAAAAGAGGGAACUGAAGAAGGAAGAUUGGGAGCCAUUGAAAAAGAAGCUGUCAGACUAGCGUGGCUUGAUGCAGAAACUUCAAGAAGAACGAAGGAACUAAUGGAAUUCAGUAGAGAAGAAAUGGAGAAAAUACAAAAACUGAGGUCAGAAGGUGCUUCUCCUACACAGCUGGCAGACAAGGUGGAGAAAGCAGUUCGGGAGCGUUUGGAACCUCUCUUAGAUAAAGCUCAGAAGGUCAAUCUUUCUUUGGAAACAAACACUCGUUUGAAGGAUUCUUCAUUUAUAAACAAACUGUCAUCCCAGGCUGCUGAAAAAGCUGCAUCCAAUGCAGAUAUGCUGAGUGAGAAGUUAUUGGAUGAUCUUUUGGAAGAUACAGCUCAGGAACUCUGGAAUAUGGAGCAACACAAGAAGAUGCAAGCUGAGGCUGUAGCCAUGCAUGACAGUCCUAGUCUGGAAACAAUGCUGCAAAGAAUGGAAGAAAUCGAAAGAUACCAAGAUGCAGUUCGCAGGAGAUUUAAUCAGAUUGUCUAUGCUGAUUCAGAGUUCUGGGCACAGGAAGAGAAAAGGGAAAGAGAAAGUGCAUCAAUAGAGAAAAGGCCUGUGUCUCCUCACCCACUCCAAAUAACCAAAUUGAUAGGACACAAAGAGUCACAAGUGGAUAUUGUAUUCGAAAGACCUUUCAAUGGAAAUGCUAUUGAAGAAGAUGGGGAGGUGGAAGAGAAAUUGGAGACUGGAAAUGACGUUUGGCAGCCCUUGACUCGCAGUAUAUCUCAGCAGAAGGAGCACUGUAUUUUUCUCUCUGUUCCAAAGCACAUGCUCCAGGACAUCCUUGAUUAUAACAAUAGAUACGAGCAGCACCUGAAACUUAUUUCUCAUGAGGCAGUAGGGCACUUCAAUCCAUGGCACAUUGCUGAGAGUUUGAAUUCAUCCUUCUUAAACAUGGGAGACCAGAACUGCACACAGUAUUCCAGCCUUGCAGAAGAACUGACCGAAGAAGCCUUAUGUGAUGUGGCAGCAGAGCUGCAGGAUGUAUGUGAGGAUUAUGCAGAAGCCGUGUUCACUUCUGAGUUCUUGCAGCCCACAGAGUAAACACUUUUAAAUCUGUGCCAUCAGCUAAUGGAAUGUCAAAUCCCAGCCUACCGAGCAUAUUGGGUGUUUAGGUUUUCUUCAGUAUCUUUGUUCUUACUGAACACGUGGAAGAAACUGCUCAAUGUGUGGAUGAAAUUCGGAAGGGAUUCAUCUUGUGGUUUUUAAAAACCACAAUGCAGAUGCUUUCCUUUUCAGAUUUCAGUGUAAUAAAGGUGCUGAAAAAGUGUUUACUAUAACAGAAGUAAACACUUAACAGUAAAGUUUACAUAUGUGUGCAGAACCAUUAUCAAUCCUUCUCUAUAUCUGUGAUUAGUUUUUCACUCUUUUGUGUGUGAUCUAGUGGUACGAGCAAAGCACUGGGAGUUGAGAGUUCUGGAUUCCAUCCCCAGAUCUGUUAACGAUUUGGGCAAGUCACUUAACCACUCUGUGCCUUACUUUCCUCCUUUGUAAUGCUUCUUACUUACCUCACUGGGUUGUUGUGGGGCUUAAUCAAUAAAUUAUUGUUCAGAAUGCACUUUGAGCUCCUCUGAAAGGUGCGCUGGAAAUACAAAGUAUUAUUUCAUAUGCGUCUGAAACCCAAAUUGAAAAUGCUGAUGCAAAAGAGUAAAUGCUGUUUGAUUUGCCUUCAGUGUUUCCAGUAUCACACAAGAAAGAUACUGUUUAUUUUGUCUGACCAACUGCAUUAACAUUCUUCACAGUCUUGUUAGCUGUUUUUUGGACUAGAUGCAAUAAUCCAGAGGGGUGAUCCUUAUGUCACAGCAUUAAGUGGGUAUUUUGAACAAUAGCUAGAAGUGGCUUGAUCUAUUUGCAAGAAAGCUUGUACUGCUGUACUAUUGCAACCCCCUUAUGGUUGUAACAUUGUUUUCUGAAUGUUUUACAGCAGUAUGCAUAUCUGCAUUACGAUUUAACAGUCCAGACAAACAAGACUUUUUUUUUUUCUUUUUUAGAAAAAAGUUACUGGCACAGGUUCCCCCCCCCCCCUUUUUUUUUUUCAAUACUAGCCUAAAACAAUACCAUUCUUCUAGCACCAGCUCCAUUUAAAGACCCAAUCCUGCAUUCUUUACUCACUUAAAAUGCCCAUUAAAGUCCAUAAGAAUUAUGGGUGAACAAGGAAUGCAGGAUUCAGCCCCAAAAUUGUGACAUCAAACCAUCUAGGGCAUUCUAGCGUCUUUCUUACUUUUCAGAGAUGUUCUUAGUUUUUUGGGGGUAUGGUGUGUAUGAUAUGUACCUGAAUACUCUAGACUCAGUAGCAGGUUAGGGAUGGAAUGGGAGACUUGUAAAAUGUCCUUGAUUUUAUUGAUUUGUGUUGAGACGGUAUUGCACAGAAUUGUCUUAUUGCACAAUAAAAAUAAAUAGAAUAACCGACAUCCCUGGUUCUUUUAUAUUGGCCUCAUUUGUUAGUUUCAAAUAAUCAGUGUCCUAGGUUGAGUUUUGCUAAUAUAUGUCCAGAGGACAAACAAGAAAAAAGGGUAUAUGAUAAAACUUAUGGGCCAAAACAUGGGUCCAUUCCUUAAAUUAGCAUUCACAUUUCUUUUUACACAUUAUUUACUGUGACAAAUUCCUUUUGUGCAAUAAUGUUUAACCCAUUAUAGCAUCAUUUUCAGUAUAUCAAAGUUUUUUUAUUUUCUGUAAGUCAAAACACAUUUUUGUAAAAAUAAAUCAAACAAAAACCCAA